AUCUUUGCCGAACCGACGGUGAUAGACUUGCUCGAUGUGCGUGUUUUUGUCGAUACACCGGACGAUAUUCGUUUUAUUCGACGGCUUCAGCGCGAUAUUGUCGAACGCGGUCGAACAGUUGAUUCGGUCAUCGCACAAUAUUUUGCGACGGUGCGCCCGAUGCAUCUCGAAUUUGUCGAGCCUUCAAAACGUCACGCCGACAUUAUCAUUCCCGAAAAUGCGAAAACGGAAAUCGGCAUCGAAUUUAUUUGCAGUAAAAUUCGCGAAGAGAUCAACGGAAACGGCAAAACGGAAAAGGAAAUUUUUGUCUAA